CUGUGGAGGGAGAAAAGUUCAAUUGCGGGAUUGGCCUUCGCGACAGCUCGACGAAGCGUGAAGGAGGUGGCGGUCUGCAUCUUGGGAAAAAGUUCACGGGCCCUGUCAUCAAUUGCUUCUGUAUCUGCCCCUGCCAUUGUCCUCGACGGGCCGGGCUUCGGGUUUUAUUUUAUUCUUCUAGUCAACUUUAAUGUGGCGUCUGGGGCUAUCGACAGUCGCCCGUCGCCCUUUUCCAUCGACUCCGUCCUCGCCCCGAUCGCCUCAAUCUCGAGAGGCCUAUUCCUAUUUAUCGCCGCCCCCAUCGUCCCCCUACACACAAAAUGGAGGCUCACCUCGUAAGGAGACCGGUGGCUAGCUGCUGCUGCCGUCUUCUUCAGUCGGCGGCAUCGGCGGCACCGGCGAGCGGCAGCGGCAUGCAGCAGCUGAUUUCCGCCUCAAAGAGGCUGACCAUUACUGCCUCUCCGGCCGCUGCUCCUGGAGGAGCUCGCUUCAAAUCCUCGACAUCACGAACAAAACGUGCGCUCAACGUCCCGCCCGAGCCGUCCUUCGCCAAGCGGCAGGACAAGACGACAGGCAUAAUCUUCAACCCGCCGUCGUCGAGCCCAUCCGUCUUCAACACGCCCUUCAAGUUCCUGCCCAAAAGUGACCCUCGCCGCCGCGCGAACCUCCCCUCGCUCUUUACCUCGUCCACCACAACCAAGUUUGGCCCGACCACUGGCCUCGCCGGCCCAUCCAGCAUCACGAUCGGCAACCCGCCCGAGAGCGACGACCCAACCCUGCCGCCCGCGGUCGAUCCCGCCGCCGAUAUUGCUAGGUACCGCACCGAGAAGCUCGCCGUUACGCCCGAAAUGGUCGCCGAGAUUCGCCGCCUGCGCGUGGAGGACCCAUGGACCAACUCUGGCGUCGCCAUGGCCCAACGCUUCAACGUCUCGCAUAGCUUCAUCCGCUACGCCACAAGGGGCAUACGCGUGCAGAAGGAGUACUACGACGACUUGAAAAAGUGGAAAGAGGACAAGCAAGCCCGCUGGGGCCCUCGCCGCCGCCAAGCCCGCGAGGACCGUGCCAGGCGUCUCGGCAUGUUGUUCCGCGGCGAGUUAUAG